UUAUACAUUUCAUUUAUAAAUCAUAUAUAUAUAUAUAUAUUUUGCUUUGUUUAUGCUUCUGAAAAAUUGAAGCGUAAAGGAGGCAAGAUAUAGUUCUGACUCUUCGUUCUAACCAAAGCUUGUUCAAUAGCAAUUAAAACACAAGUCAAAAGCCCUUUAUUGAAGUGUAAGAUUUAAAUAUUAGGUCAGCAGGUCAGCUAUUUUCUUGAUAAAGGAUGGUCACGCUCGCUAUUUAUUUUAACGACUAUAUCCCCUAUUGAUAUUAUUGGGAAUAAUAGAAAACUUUUCCACAUCCUUAUCAUAUAUAGUUUUGUAGGAAAUCUUGUUAAUGCCACAUACGAGAAGGAUGUCCUUAUCAAAAUAUGAAUCAACCCGGGGGACUACACAUCUUGCUCGGAUUGCCCGGGCGUUAUUGGGUCCCUGCAUUGAUGUACUGCGCGAAGUUCUCGCAAAAGAGAUAUCUCCGCCUGACUUGGAAAGGAAAGUUAAAACUUACAUACAUCAAAACAAAAAACCUUCUAUCAGUAAACAACAACAACGGCUCGUUUAUGGCAAAAACUACUCUGUCUUUGACGUUACGUUGCUCUAUUUUCUCUUACGUAACAUGUCUUCAAUUCCUCAACAUAAAAAUAACUGGGGAAAUGAUCCAGAGCUUACUGAUAAAAGUGUGUCGGCAAACAUAGAACGGAUUCGUAUUUUACGAAACGAAUGGUAUGGACAUGCUACGGAUUUUUCUCUCUCGGACUCAGAUUUUGAACAAAGAUGGAAUCAUAUUUCUCAAAUUGUGAAAGAGCUGGAAGGUUAUCUUGGGAUGGCAACCAAGUAUCAGGACACUCUGAUCAAAUUAAAAAGUUGUUGUAUGGACCCCGACUCGAUAGAGCCCUACAUAGAGAAACUGUUGGCUGUGGAAGGGUUGCAGACUGAUGUUACAAAUCUGAAAGAGGGUUUUGGAGAGUUACAGACUGAUGUUACAAAUCUGAAAGGUAACAAACAACGUUUUGGAGAGUUACAGACUGAUGUUACAAAUCUGAAAGAAUCACCAAUUGAAAAGGCCAUAUUUGACCAAUGGAAACAGGACGACAUUGAUUUUAUUUCAACAAAGUCGUGCAAGGAAGUAGAAAAAAAUAUAAAAUGCAGGAACCUGGUUAUUGUUGCUGGUCACUCAGGAUCCGGAAAGUCAUCCAUCAUUCAACAUAUUGCACUCCAAUACAGAGAACAGGGCUGGACCGUAAGACGAAUAAAAAAGGUAAAAGACAUUGUGGAUGAAUAUUCUUCACGUCGGUUUCAAAAAAAUAAAACCAUUUGUGUUUUUAAUGAUCCAUUGGGAAAAGAAUAUUUCGAUGAAAUUUUGAAUAAUUCAUUGCAAACACAUGAGGAGGAAAUAAAGUUGUACCUAAAAACAGCGAAACUCUUGAUGUCAUGUAGAAAUCACAUUAUUACUGACACCAGAGUGACAGGUUAUCUCGUGAAUCAAUCAUAUAUUUUAAACAUCGAUGAUAACAAAUAUAAAUUAUCUGUUGAGGAAAAACGACAGAUUUUAAACAAAUAUACCUCCGCUAUGAAUCUAUCCGACAAAGAUCGUGAUAAGAUUGUUGAAGUAGAAAGGUACUUCCCGCUAUUGUGUAAAUUGUAUUCUAGCAAAGAGGAAUACAAACAUAAGGGUAUAGAAUUUUUCAAAGAACCCGUAACAGUGCUAAAAGAGGAAAUACUAGAGUUCAGAAAAAAAGACAAGGGUAAAUAUUGCGCGUUGGCUCUCCUUGUUUUUUUUAACGAUGAUCUUUGCGUAAGUGACCUCUUAAAAAAUAAAGACAACGAAAACAAAUUUAAACAAAUGUUAAAACUUUGUGGAUUACAAAAAAGAACAUCACCUUCAGCUAUUGGGGACAAUUUUUCCUCCAUGAAAGAUUGUUUUGUCAAAAAAAUUGGCGAUACGUAUCAUUUUUAUCAUGACUUUGUGAUGGAAGUUACCACUUAUGUGUUUGGAACAGAUUAUCCCGCUGAAACAAUAAAGCACGCUGAUAUCGGCUUCCUCAGAAAAAGAGUAAAAUUAGGAAAUUGUGGUGACGAACACGGCGAUUCUUUCACUAUCUAUUUAAGUGACAAAUACAUCAAAGACAUUGGAGAAAGGCUUUAUACUGAGCUGUAUGGAGAACGCCUGGUAGAUGCCGUACUCAACCCUUGUCUAAGGAAUGAAAACGUAAUUGAAGUACUGAAAAAAAAGAUAGCAGAUCAUCCCGAAAAUCACUAUUUGUUACUAGAAACAAAGAAACUUAUAAUUGAUCAACAAAAAUUUGAUUGGACUUCUAAAACAGUACUAAUGAAUAAACUUGAAUUUUUGGAAUUAGAAAAUGAGGUAUCGCCAUUGUUUGUUUUGAUUGUAUUUUGUCAUACACAGCUUUCGCUAUAUUGCUUGAAGUUUCUUGAGCAAAAGCAUUUCGACUUUAACAGCUGUUUUUCUGCAGUGUGUUGCAGUGGUUCAACAGAAUUGUUUAAUUAUGUU